AUGGUUUUGGUGUAUUUGAUUAAAGUACUAAUAAUUCUUGUGUUUGCUUAUUCUUUGUUUAUGUAUGGCGUAUUUUCUCAAUCUGAUCUUCUUGAUGAUCAACCUUACCGUACAGCCUACCAUUUUCAGCCCAUCAAGAACUGGAUCAAUGAUCCUUGUGGACCAAUGAUAUACAAAGGCAUUUAUCACCUCUUCUAUCAAUACAACCCAAUUGGCAAUGGGUCACCCAAUGGUCCUCGUGUGUGGGGUCACUCAACUUCACUAGACCUAAUCAAUUGGACACCUCAACCACUAACCCUUGAACCACAAAUGGAAUCCAACAUGAAUAGUAGUUAUACAGGAUCCACCACUAUACUUAAGGGAUACAAACCCACAAUUCUUUUUACAGGAAUCACCCCAAAAAAUGAACAAGUCCAAGAUUUGGCAUACCCGAAAGACCCAUUAGACCCAUUUCUUAAAGAAUGGGUCUUAGCCCCCCAAAACCCACUUAUGUACCCAAAUCCACAAAAUAAAAUAGACUCCACCUCAUUUAGGGACCCCACAACAGCUUGGUUAUUACCUGAUGGAAAUUGGAGAGUAAUUAUUGGUAGUAAAAAAGAAAGAAAGGGUUUAGCUUUAUUAUUUAAAAGCAAAGAUUUUAUUAAUUGGGUUCAAAAUUAUGAUCCAUUAUAUUCAUAUGAACUUACUGGUAUGUGGGAAUGUCCUGAUUUUUACCCUGUGUUUAUGAAUGGUGUUUCAAUGGGUGUUGAUAAUUCUAUUAUUGGUGUUAAUACUAAGCAUGUACUUAAAAUUAGUUUAGAUGAAACUAAACAUGAUGUUUAUACAAUUGGGACUUAUGAUUUUAUGAAUGAUGGGUAUAUUCCUGAUUUGGGUUUUGAAAAUGAUUCAAGUUUGAGGUAUGAUUAUGGGAAAUAUUAUGCUUCAAAAACAUUUUAUGAUGGUGUUAAGAUGAGAAGGGUGUUGCUUGCUUGGGUUAAUGAGUCUUCUAGCUUGGAUGAUGAUCUUAAAAAGGGAUGGUCUGGAAUUCAUGCUAUUCCUAGGAGAAUUUGGCUUGACAAAUCAGGAAAACAGUUAAUACAAUGGCCAAUAUCAGAAGUUGAAAAGUUGAGAGUAAAACCUGUCAUCCUACCCAUGCAAGUUCUCAAAGGAGGAUCAAGGAUUGAAAUUACUGGAAUUUCUGCUGCACAAGCAGAUGUAGAAAUAUCAUUUAAAAUAAAAGAAGUAUCAAAUAUAGAGAGGUUUGAAGCAAGUUGGAGCAACCCACAAUUGGUUUGCAGCCAAAAGGGAGGCUCAGUAAGUGGUGGAGUGGGUCCCUUUGGGUUACUCACUUUAGCUUCACAAGACUUGUUGGAGUACACUGCUGUCUUCUUCAGGAUUUUCAAAAAUUUUGACAACAAAUUUGUAGUACUCAUGUGCAGUGACCAAACCAGGUCUUCUUUAAAUCCAACAACGGAUAAGACAACUUAUGGAACUUAUGUGAGUGUGGAACCUAUUUAUGAAGGGUUAUCUUUAAGAGUUUUGAUUGAUCACUCAAUAGUAGAGAGCUUUGGUGCGAGAGGGAAAAAUGUGAUAACGGCAAGGGUGUAUCCCACAUUGGCAAUACAUGACAAAGCCCAUUUGUACGCUUUCAAUAACGGAAUACAAGACGUUCAAAUCACUUGGCUCACUGCUUGGUCUAUGAACAAAGCUAAUUAUAUUGCUUAGCUCAAUUCUCCAUCAUCGUGGUUUUCGUACGUACUCGGUAUAUGUCGUUGCUCAUAGAAGCUUUAUUGUUGAAUGUAAAAAUUUAUUUUUUUUUUUUUUUUGUAAUUUAACACUUUACAUGAGAAAAACGAUAUUUGCACCAACACACUGAUAGUGAUAGACAAGACCCGAUGCUUCCCAAGUUCUAUCUUAC